AUGGCUGAUAAAAAAUUCGUUCCCCCUAAAGGGUUUCAGAACAGGACUGCAGCAGAGGCGGCAGGCAAGAUUUCUCAGGAAAAGCGCAAGCAAAACAAACAGGAUGCGAAAGACUCAAAGAAUCAAGAAGUGGUAGAAGCGGCCGGGAAGAGCUCUCAGGAGAAGCGCACGGGAAACAUAAUUGAUAUGUAUAAACGCUGA